AGUGGGCGGCGAGGAGAAGCGCGGGUGCCGGCGGCAGCCCCCCGCCCGAUUCUCAGUCGCUCGUCGACACUCUCGCAGCCAGCACGCGAGAGUUGCGAUGCAUGUCGCCUACGUUUGACGCAUUCAGUCGCGGUCCGUGUGUGUGUGCAUCUCCGUGAUUCGAGUUCGAAGCUCGAUCGAGCCACGUGCAGUGCAGCAUUCGCUUCGAGUGCACCCAUCGGAUCUCGCGGUCCGAUCGGAGCGACUAUUCCAUUGACAACACCAUCUUUCAAGCAGCAUCCGCCGGCUCAGCUGACUGGAGUGUCCACUGCCUACGAGCGCACGAUAAGCGGCGGUUGUCGAUCUGCAAGCGGUGCGAGCGUGGGCGCAGUGACGGUCGCGAGCGCAGGCGCGGGCGCGGGCGCGUGCGCAGCGCGCAUGGCUAGCGCGGGCGCGCAAUAUCGCGGCGGCGCGCAGCAGUGGCCGGCGGCCUAUACGCCGCAGCCCUGCCGCUACCCGCCGCCUCAGCCCCAGGCUUACACGGCGGCCCCUAGCCCUUACACGCCGCACCAGUACAGCGGCGCAACGAUGGGCGGUGGGUGCGGCGGUACCGGUACGCGUGUGCCAACCGCAGCGUCUCCGGCUAAUACGGCCUCCUCAUCGUCAUCCAACACCGGCUCUGGGGGCGGAACUCGCUCGACUAGCCUCAGCACUGCGCCGCCUCCACCGGCAUCUUCCGCGUCCACAUCGGCCGCCGGCGUUGAGCAACUGAGCCGCACCAAUCUUUACAUUCGAGGACUGAGUCCGAACACUACCGAUAAGGACCUCGUCCAAAUGUGCCAAAUGUAUGGCAGCAUAAUUUCAACUAAAGCGAUUUUGGACAAAAAUACGAAUAAAUGUAAAGGUUAUGGUUUUGUAGAUUUCGAAACGAUCGCAUCAGCCGAGGCAGCUGUUAAAGGAUUACAAGCCAAAGGUGUUCAGGCCCAGAUGGCUAAAGUGGGUAUCUGGUUCCUGCGUAGACUCAACCGUCAACAAGAGCAGGAUCCGACCAACUUGUACAUGGCGAAUCUGCCGCCGCACUUCAAAGAGAACGACGUGGAUCAGCUCUUAGCUAAGUUCGGUCAGGUGGUAUCGACAAGGAUACUUAGAGACACCCACGGCCAAAGCAAAGGAGUUGGUUUUGCGCGUAUGGAAUCUAGGGAGAAAUGCGAGCAAAUUAUUCAAAUGUUUAACGGGAACCCAAUACCUGGUGCUAAAGAGCCUCUGCUAGUGAAAUUCGCCGACGGCGGAAAUAAGAAGAAGUCUUCGUACAAGCAAAACGAAAGUAACGGAAGAACAUGGAGGGAUAACAGCGAGACCAUUACACAGGCUGCAAUGGCAGUUAGCGGAGUGUACGCGGGCACCAUGAGUGCCGGCGGCGCUGGCGGGGAGUGCGCCGGUGUGUACCGCAGCAGCGGCGUGUACGGGGUGGCCGCGUUCCAUCACCCCCAACUGCACCACCACCACCACGCCGCGCACCCCGCCGCCUGGCUCGCGCCCUACGCCGCGCUGCUGCCGCCCGCGCACCAGCCCCACCCGCCGCACAUACCCAUCGACACCGUGCCCAGCCAAUAUGUUAACUGGGAAAGCUUAAGGCAGGAAAAUGAACUAUACUACUUCGCGUCGCACCCGUACCAGUACUUCACCGGGCCGACGCCGCCCAUAAUCCAAAUGCCGAUGGAGAGCGAGCACGCGUCGACGGCGGCGUCGCCCGACGAGGCAUACCAGCCGUACCCUCCCCCGAAGUAGAUCCUAAGCCACGCUACAACAAACGUGCUGUACACGAGCCAAAAAUCAAAGCAUCUGUGACUUUUUACAAUGUUAAUUUGUUUUAGUUUUUAAUUUGCGGCCGUUAUAGACUUCAUCGAAAACUCUGCUCGCGGCACUCUGUUGCCUUGCGACGCGUUCUUCUUUCUAGUUCUAGUAUAAGUAUACUUUGUAAGUAUCGCUUCGACUAUUUAUUUAGUGGACGGCGGCGCUGCGGCCGCUCCGGUCGGCUCCAAACUGCUCCUUCGAUUCGCUGUGAUGUUUUGAUGAGGUCUUUUGACGGUACGAGGAGAGGAUUUGAUGUAUAGCUACAAUUUUAAAUGUGUUUUUACAUUAUAAUUUUAUUAUUUGUUUUGUGGAAAGAUAAAUUUAAGAUUUUAGGCGCAGGUUUUGAACAUGUUGACAAGAUUAUUUAAGAUAGUUAGGUAUUUAUUUUAGCAUAGUAUAAUUUCACACUGAGAAAGUUUAUUUUCUUGUCAUCGAGAUUCACAAAAUUUUAUUUCUUGCAGUGUCAUAUUUACUACUAAUAAAAAAAUCUUCAGAAAAUUUAUUGAAAACGAACAAAACGUGCAAUCAAAAAUUUUAUUUAUACACCUACCGUGCUGGUAUUUAAAAUUAUAUAUUUUACUAGUUAGAUUUUUAUUUUUAUUUAGUUUAAUUAUCGGACAUAGGAGAAGAUCAGAGGUCAGAUAGGAAAGUGAAUAGGAAAAGGUCAUAUCAAAUGGAAUCAUGAAACGAAAGUGUAUAACAAAAUGGAGAAGAGUAAAAAAUGUCUAAUUAAAUGUAUGUAUGUAAAAGGAAUUAGUAAGGGUGGGAAACACCAGAAUAAUUUUUGGAAAUGCUGUGUCGAAGAUUUUAAAUCUUCAAUGAUUGUUCGUAUUUAUAAAAUACAAUUCGGUAAUUAGUUCUUGUUAUGAAUAUGGAUUGUUUUAAUGAAAACUAAAAGUCAGACAGCUUUCCUGAUUAUAAUCAAAUACACGUUUUUGUGUGGAGGGAAAUUUGUGAAUAUACAUAUAUCCAGACGCCAUUUGUGGCAUUUCGGAAAGCGUCGUAUUGUGUAGGUACCCACGUGGCCGAAAUACGUUUAAUACAAGGUGCUUGAUAACACUUCAUUUUUAAAUAUACCACAGUAUAAAAUAUACGGCAACUAAUAAUUUACGCUACAGUCUUCCAAAACAUCAUAAACAAUAAUUUUGAAGUGUCUAUACCUACUUAGAUAACUCGUCUGUUCAAAUCGUGUUCCAUUAGAAAUGGUUUUCACCUUCGAAACGUAUGAUUCUAUUUCAUUACGUAGAAUUCCCUUAUUAUUUUAUUUUAUAACGUAUUUCCCCUCCCAUUUUGUCCUAGCGAAUAUAACGUCGUUGCCAAACUAAAUACAGACUGAAUUUAUGUAUACCUAAUGUUUGAUUCCUGAAAGAAAUUCGUUGAUCAUUAACCUAAUGAAUAGUGGCUUUACGCGCAGUGCAGCUGGUCGAAGUGACCCUUUGGCGAGAACAAAUUCAGUAGGAGUGAUCGUAUGAUAUUUCAAUAGUACUCUGCGCUUAUAUUGGGGCACACGAUAGUGCUGCCCGUAGCAAUAUUUAGCAAUAAACAAUUGUAUGUAAAGUCUAUUUAUAAAUUUUACAAAUCUAUACAACAUUUUUGUAUGUCAUAAAGUCAUGUAACGGAACGUGAUGAAAGUAAUCCUUUUUUUUUAAAUCAUGUUUUGAAUAUAAACCGUAUUCGUUAUUUAGGCGGUCGGUACAUUCCACUAGAAAAAAGUCUUAAUGCCUAAAAAGUCUUAAUGCAAAAAUUCCACGAUUGAUUUCCACAUUAUAAAAUGUAAAGGAUUUGAAAUCCGAACACCGUUUUGGUGUGAGUUAACACUUUUUGUACCAUCACGUAGGUUUUGGGUACACUUUAUGACUUUAUAUGAAAUUUAAUAUUUUUAUAUUGAAUAUAUAUAAUUAUACAUGGAUAUGUCAACAUGUAUAAUUGUGAUGGGUACGAGUAAAGGCUACUAAAACGCAACUGUUUAAUUCUAUUUUGGCACGUCAAGAGUAUCAUCAGAACCAAAGUAUACAAAUCAUUAAAAUCGAAUAAGAGUAGGAAAAUAUUUAUACAACUCAGGGACUGAAGAUUAGUUAAAUGUUUGAUAUAUAAAUUGUAUUUUAUCUGGCGAGUAAGCUCUUUAUUCAAAACCUGUGCACAGGUUGAAGCAAUGCAAUACAGGUACUGGGACUAGCUAAAGAGACAGGUUUUGAAUGAACACUGUAGUUUUUGAAGAAAUAAGUAGUAGACUCAUAUUUUGUUUAUUGGUUUAAUUCAGAAAAGGCUGAAUUUAUACUAUUUUCCGUAAACGAUUUACUUUUGUAACGUACGUAAAUUAGCUCGAAGCUAUUCGUCACUUUUAAUAAUUCCCUAUUUGAAAAACGUAGACAAGUCCGUUGAAUCACGACGAAGCGGGAUAUAAACAUGCACAUAUUUAUUUCGGAUUUAACAAACCGCCCGACUGUACCUACUGUGCGAUCGCGUUACUUCCUAAAGGAGCUCACGUCACAGGCGAACGAAAAGUGAGAUUUUAAUUAGUGUUAACGAGUUAAACGUAUUAAACUUCAAUACUCCGUAGAUCAGUAUUAUACUUGUGUAAUUUCUGAUCAAGCCAAAUUUAUUGAACUGAUCAUGAAACCGCCUUUAAUACUUGUAAAAAUUAAACCGCGAAGUGCAAAGUAGUAUCGUGUGUUGUGUUAGGUUAUUUAAAAGAGAAUGUAACUAACCACAUUUACUGUGGCUUCCUAAUAAAGCAGUCUUCCGAUAGGUAUCGCCGCUAAAGUUUCGCAUUUAAAAUAAUUUGUUGAUCAACACGUUUCUGUAAAAAGUGCACCUAAAAUAUGUUGUGUAGGCGAAUGUAAUGUCCAUGUAAUAUUUUUAGUUUAAAAAAAACUCGUUUCAUUCCUUAACUUCCCGUAUUUGAGAAAUAAAUAUUUAGGUUUAUUAUUUUUUCCCCAAUUACAUUGAGAUGUAGUAAUAUCUACGUGGCACGAUUCUGUAGUUAUUAGCACGGUGAAAAGCGAAUGUAUGUAAGCGGUACAUUAUUUUUCUAAUGCUUUCCUUCCAUUUGAAGCAAUAAUUGGUUUGACGGUAGUGCCUUCAGCUUUUUCAUAAUUACGAUAAAAUAAACUACAUGGCAGAUGCGUGUCACUGUGCUUAAUAAACAGUAUUUUUACAGGUAGUAGAAAACUUACCGUAUUCAAAGAUUUAGGAAUAUGAUAAAGAUUUUUCUUAAUAUAUUUUGUAAUAAGAUCUGAAACGAGAUAAUGUGGCUGUCUAAUCGUUGCAUUUUUCACAUGGUAUGUAUAAAAAAUAACUCGGACGUAAUGUAGAUGUUCCUAGAUAUAUUUCACAUCAAUCUUUUUGAGACCAUCCUUCCUUGUUCAUUGAUAGGCAACCUAUUCAAAAGUCAGGCACCGUUCAAGUCCUUGACGACAGUACUGGAAAUAAAUUAGGAGCGAGCACAAAAAAUUCACAUAAUAAAUCUUAAACAUCAAGAUUACUUAUCAUCUGCUAAAAUCAUGCCGAUGAACACAAUCGAAGUGGUUAUGUAAUUUCUAAACAUAAGUCGCGUAUAUUUAAGUGAAGGUUUGAAUAGUUUGAAAAAGUGAAAUUUGAAGCUUUCGGUGCGCGAUUGACUUGAUGGUUUAGUUCGUAAUUUAGGUUUAAUUGAAUUAGAAUACAUUAGCGUAAACGAACGCUGAGAUAGAAUAGAGAAGUAGAUUUAAUAUAUUUGAGAGCGGGUGCGGGCGGGCGCGCUUCCUGCCGACUCUAGGAUAGUUUCCUUUCUUAGUUUAUUAAAUAAUUUAAUUUGUAUGGACUGAAGUCAGCACGAGGCUCAUCCGUGCUCCAUCUGCUCUAGUUCAUAAGGAAAAACUAAGUAAAAUUAAUGAACACAUUCUUCGAGGUAAGUUUCAGUUGAACAAUUCUGCUUUCACCUCUUUUGUUAUGUAGUUAUUUAAGAUAAACAAUAAAAUAAAACAAAAAAAAAACCUACAAGAAAAAAAAUCUGUCAAGUGUCGAUACGAAUGUAUUUGUCCAGUGUGUAUUAAAAUAGAGUGGUGUUCUACCCAGCAGACUAGUCUAGACAAGUAGCAUAGUUUAGAUAAAAUUUAGUUAGGUAGCCUAGAAAUACGAAUGCAAAAAUAAAAACUUGAUAAAAUAUAAAAAAAAAGAGAUGAAAUUUGUUAGUAAGAAAGAAUAUUUUUAAGGGACAUGUUGCUUCGUUGUGUUAUGAUGUGAGGUUUGGCAUAACUAUGGUAAUAGUGUAAACCGUUUCUCUCAGAGAAAAGACAAAAGGGAAAGUUAUGUAUCUAUUUUGUUACGAAGUGUUUGUAUGUUUCUAUAUUGUGCUAUGAGCAUUUUAUGUGACCCGUAUUAUUUAUAGUUAUGCUGAAUGGAAACUAAAGUAAUAUAUAAAAUAAAUGAAAAUGGUACUAAGAAGCAUGUUUUAUUGUGACGAGUCAUGUUCCUUUGCAUUGAACAUAUUUUGUAAGAGCAAAUGAUUGAAAUAAAACAAGCGAAACCAAA